CUGACCGCUGGCCGAGGGGCGUCCGCUUUUCUCUGGGUUGCAGGUAUGAGAGUGCUAAACUGGUGCAUGCUGGGAGUAGCCAUCCUGCUGCUAGUGUGCCAGGUCGUCAUCCAUCAGUUUUGCGAGUGUCUCAUUGUCCUGGUGGAUGGAUUUCACACACUCUUCAUCCUUGUGCACAUGGCUUUCCCUCUUUCUAAACCUGCAAGCCUGAGAAAACCUCUCUCAUCUGUGGAAUCCCCUGCACCUCCUGCACACCCUACCCCGUCCUCAGCUGCACCUCCUUCCCCCCAGACUGCAGAGUCGACCAUCAAAGCACUGCCUGGCCUCCACACCUCCACUGAUGGGUUACUCACCCAUGAUCAGCCUCCUGUACAUCACCCUCCCACUGAAGCAGCCUCUAAAGCGCCUUCUCCAGCUGUGAACUGUGGUCUGUCGUUUACCAGCAGUAGGACUCAGGCUGUGGGAGCUUUCAUCUCAGCUCUAGUCCUGACCUCUCUGUGUCUUUCUUGCAUCACUGAAAUUAUAAGUUUUUCCCUAGAUCCACACCCAGUACAGCACCCCCUGCUGCCUGUGUUGGUUGGGGCUGUCAGUCUGCUCUAUAAGGUGCUGCUGCUAUGGCUGAACUGGGAUCAGAUGCAGGAGGAACAAGCUGCAGUGAACAGGAAGAUGGAAACUGAACCUCACCUCGAAGUGGACCACAAAGUCUCGGCUAAAGGGGAAGCAGAAGGCUGGGCUGAUCCAGAGAGAGUCCUGAAUGACGUUUGCCAAAUUCAGUCUGCCGUGGACGACUCUCUUCACAAUGGGGCACUUGUCCUCAGUAACCCGGGAACCUCCUCCAGUGUCCCCGACACAGACUGUCAAACCCCACAGCCACACUCAGGAGUCCAGGAUCCUCAGGACAGCAGGAACUGUGAAGAUGUGACCUGUGGCACAGGUUUGAGUCACACAGACGAUGGUGCAGAGAUCUCUGAAGAAAACAUGGGACAUCAUGGUAAGAAAAAAUCCUCAACCCACAUUAACACACCUGCACCUUCCAGCGGCGUCUGUCUCUUGCCGUCCAUCUUCGUUGUUCAGGGUCUUUGUACCCCCCUCCUGGCUCUGAUCAACAGCCUGGUGACGCUGCUGAUCGAGCCACAUUGUCUGCACAGCUCCAGAGCCUGUGGCAUCCUGGCUUACCUGGAUCCUGGCCUAUCAAUGUUGGCUGUGAUUACACUGAUAGCCACGGCUACUCCACAGGUGCACAGGUACGGACUGCUGCUGCUACAGUCCACACCUCCACACAUUUGUGUGUCUGAUCUUGGGAGGAGGAUUGCAGGAGUCCCUGGGGUGCAGGCUGUGCAUGACCUCCAUGUUUGGCAGUUAACUGGAUCUCUGACGGUGGCCUCGGUGCAUGUGCACUGUCACGCCGGGUUUCCAUUACACAGGUGUGCUGAUGUGCUGUCGGGCGUCACAAAGGUGCUGCAGAGUGUAGGCGUGAGCUGCUGCACUGUUCAGCCAGAGUUUGUCUCCUGUUCUGGCUCCUCAGCAGGUGGUGAGAGUGACCCCUCCCCAGUCAUCCACAGAGAGGACCCCACCUUGCCUCCACUCCUGCUGGCCUGCAGCCUCGCCUGUGGAAAGGCCUGCGCUGGAAACAUGUGCUGCUCCCCUCUAGAGGAGGAGAGCAGGAGCAUGCUGACACCAGCUGGAGAAACAAAAGAAGAUCCUCAGACACUCAUUAUUGAGAAUACAUUCCUCUGA